AUGGCCCGACGACACCUUGAUAUUGGCUACGAUGCGGCCCCAGAACCCGUGCUGCAAGACAAUGGCAUACUCCCUUCAUCGGCGCUCAAGGGAAGCCUUGUGCGCCCGGACAACGCAGCGCUCGCUCUCGAUUUCAUCGCAAAGGGCACCCAAAUCACCUCUUGGGGCUUGCCCUUUGGAAUCGCUCUCAUGGAUCUGGCUCCGGGCAGCUAUCUCUGUAAUUUGAAGAGCCUGGCUACAUUUGCCGAUCGCCACAGCAAGCUUAAUCUUCCCAGCGAGCCGACGUUUCGCAAUGCGCCGUUUACGCGGCAUACCGUGGCCCAGCAAAACUUUUCCCCAGCACCGCCCACCAAACGUGAUGAAUCUGCUGCUGCCACGCCAGCACCUCUCACGACCUUUAUGGGUUUUCCACGAGGUGGAAAUCGUGGCGCCGGGACUCGCAACUAUGUUGUCAUUCUUGGGAUCUCUUCCAGGGCCGCUGGAUUUGCACGGGCGCUUGAGCGACAAUUCACACAUACACUUGAGCAGGCCCGCACGCUUCAGGGUCAGGCAACCUGUGAUGGCGUAGUUGCUGUUGCCCAUACAGAAGGCGGGCUUGACGCCAAGCUAACCACAGACAAUGAGAACAAUGUCGAGAAGGUUCUGCGUGUUUUGGCCGGCUUUGCAGUCCACCCCAAUGUGGGCGCAGUUCUGUUUCUUGACCACGGUGAUGAAGUUGUCACAACAAGGCAUGUGCUCGAGUACAUUCGUGCUCAUGACUACCCGCUGGACGACGUGCCAUAUCGAGCUCUCUCCUUGAAAAAUCAAACAAUGAAGGAGGCAAUGCACCAAGCCACUGAGCUCGUGGAAGAGUUGUAUCUUCAGGCACAACAGCACCAACGUGUGGCCGUAGGUGUGGAACACCUUUGCUUCGCCCAGCAAUGCGGUGGCUCGGAUGCCUUUUCUGGCAUCUCUGCCAACCCCUUGGCCGGAUGGAUGGCUCGUGAGCUUGUGGCGCAGGGUGGCUCGGCAGUCCUGGCUGAGACUGAUGAGUUGAUUGGAGCCGAAAGCUAUGUCUUGCAGCGCGUGCGCGACUACGACACAGCCGAUCACUUCCUACAGUUGGUCGAUCGCUACUAUCGCUACACGAAUCGGCGAGGGCAUUCCCCGGAAGGAAAUCCUUCCGGUGGCAACCUGUACCGUGGACUGUACAACAUUACCCUCAAGUCGGCAGGAGCGGCCAUGAAGAAACUGCCCGACGUUCGCCUCGAUCAUGUGCUCGAGUAUGGUCAGCGGCUUCAACCUGAGGGGCAUGGAUACGCCUUCAUGGACAGCCCUGGAAACGAUCUGGAAAGUAUUGCGGGCCAAGUGGCGGCCGGCUGCAACAUGAUUGUGUUUACAACUGGCAAUGGCUCCGUCACCAACUUUCCCUUUGUGCCCACAAUCAAAGUUUUAACGACGACCAAGCGUUAUCAAUUGCUCUCUGAUGACAUGGAUGUAAACGCGGGACGUUUUCUGGAUGGCGAGGUCUCACUAUCGCAGCUCGGGCGUGAAGCCUAUCAGCUCUUUGUACGCGCGGCUUCGGGCACGCCAACCAAGGGUGAACUGGCCGGCCAUCAUCAAGUGCAAAUUUGGCGCAAUUGGGGUCAUCUUGAUGGCGACGAAGCAGAUCGCGAGGGUGUCAAGAUGGAUCCCAACGCCGACGUUCAGCAAGAAAGUGCCGAGGAACAAGUCACUUCGUCUGGCGAGGGGAGUAGCCACCCCGAUGCCGCCCGUCAAGGCAAGUGGCUCGAAAUUCGGACCUUGACGACAAGGCGCAAAAUGCAACUGCUGCAAGGCAAACCUCUCAUUCCCGACAUUCAAAGUCGCAAGGCUUUGAAGUCACUCUGCUCGGCACUUUCCGCUCUUGAGUUGAUUCCCGCAAAAAUUGCGGAUAAGAUUGCGCGCCAGCUCAAUGACCGAAAAGCGGCUCAAAAUGCUCCGAUAUUUGCUGGCCUAUCGCGAUUCGUGGCGCUACCCCAUACUGAAGGUUGUGGGCACUCAUCGGGCGAUCACGAAAGCCUGGUCAUGCGCACAUUGUCCAGCUAUGCCGCCCACCCAAUGGCCGGGGCAGUUGUGAUGCUUGAACAUGGUUGUGAGAAAACCCACAACGGACGGUUUCAACAGCUUUUGAGCGAGGACCCCUCGGUGUCUUUGGAUCGUUGUGCUUUUGCCAGCAUUCAACUGGACGGUGGCCUCAACAAAGUGACGUCACGCGUGGAGCAGCUGCUCGAACAGUUGGAACUAUCAAGCACCAGCGUUCCUGUACGGCAGCCAGCGGCUGUCUCCCACAUACGCAUAGGCAUUCUCGCCACGACCCCACUACCGACUUCAGUCCAAGCGGCGCUUGGCCUGGUGGUGGCGGCCGUGACCCUCGAAGGUGGCACCGUUGUCCUCGCGGGCUCACAUGUGGUACGCGGCCACGUGUUGCAACAUGUAUUCUCCAAUGGCGACGACGCCCAAAAUGCAACCCUUGGCUAUGGCCAGAUGGUGAUGGAGCGUGGUUUACAUAUCAUGUCAGCUUCAACCAUCCACCCUGUUGAGUUGGCAACGGGCCUAGGGGCAACAGGAGUUGACGUCAUGCUGGCUAUUGUGAAGCCACACCAACCACUGCCACCCCACCCGCUUAUCCCGAUCAUCCAAGCAGCUGUACCUGGGUGUGAGGCAUCGACCGACAUUGAUCUUCAACUUGAUGAGACCAUGCCGACCUCUGAUGAUGCCGCACUUGAACAUGUAUGGGCACAGCAGCUUCUGGCUCGUGUUACGGCAACUUUGACUCGAACGUGCGUGCCCCCUCUCUUUGGCACAGAUCUCACGGAUUUUCAGCUGAGUCGUGCCGCCAUGGCUGUGUCAAUGUAA